GCCCCGCCCCCAGGAGAGACGAUGCCGCAGUACAAGCUGGUCUACUUCAACCUGCGCGGCCGCGGCGAACCCAUCCGCUGGGUGCUGGCGGCGGCGGACCUUCCCUACGAGGACGUGCGCUACUCGAGGGAGACGGAGUGGCCUUUCAAGAAGCCGGAGACGCCCUACGGCAAGGUGCCCGUGCUCUACGUGGACGACAGGCCCCUGAGUCAGAGCGUGGCCAUCUGCCGGUACUUAGGGCGGACGCACGGCAUGGCGGUGGACGACCCGUGGGAGGCGGCGAAGGGGGACGAGGUCGUUGACGCCGUGCACGACCUGCUGCCGCACGCCGCGCAGAUGGUCUAUGCCAAGCUUGCAGGAGAUGUUGCAAAAGCAAAGAUGCUUGCCACGGAGUUUUACACAAGCACGCUGCCACCUGUCAUGAGGGAGCUUGAUCGCAGACUGGAAGGACGCGAAUGGUUUUGUGGCGACAAGAUGACAUGGGUUGACAUCUUUGCUGCAUGUUACCUUAGUCAGCUCAGCACACACCAUGAGAGUUCUUUGGAGGCAGUACCUCGACUGAAGAGCGUAGUCGACAGAGUGAUAAAACUUCCACAGAUUGAGAAAUGGAUCAAAGAACGUCCUGAUACACCAAUGUAGAGUUCUUAUUAGUCGAGUUACAUAAAUAUAUAUAUACAUACGUAGAUUUACUUUAAGUAGACUGUUGCUAACUUCCUUUGGCUCCGUAAUAUCUGUUUCCGUAAUACUGUAAUGUGAAUCACUGAAAGAAAUGGAAAAAAAAUUGAUUCUUCUUACCCUAUAUGAGUAUCCUACAUACUGCACUCUUUUUUUCUCAUGUUAUAGGGAGCAAAAGCAUUUUAAAGUGAAGAAAUUUUGGUUAGGUAAUUUUUGAGCACCAUGUAAAUUGCACACUUUUCUGUGAAAUCAUAGGCUUGCAUUUUAUAAAGGCAGUUUCCUUUCAGCAUUACUUGGACUUCAGGUGUAUUAUGGUCAGCAACCUUUCGUAGCAUUUCAUUUGGUCAGUUGAUUUAAGAAGUCUUGAAGAAACAUAUUUUGAGUAAAAAUUUCUCCAUCUCCACCAUCAGAAUGUUUGAUUAUAUAAUUUUUCACCGAGAAGUGAUUCAAAAUGAUAAGGCUCAAUGAAACUAAGAAUACUUCUAUCCAACUGAGGUCAAGAAAUCUUGGUAGAGAUUGCUCACUAAAAUACAGUAUUUGUAAUGCACUUAAUCCAUUCACAACAAGUAGAAUUUUGGUUAAAGUCUGACAGGGCUUGGGUGUAUCAGUGUAUGCUGCUCUGUGCCUGGGCCAUUCUCUGGCUCACAGCUGGAUUCCCAAGGCAUCAUCCUGGCUACCUAAAAGUGAGCUCAUGACUUGAUUGGAAGUCACCUGUGUCAGUGAAGUUUUUGCCAUGAUGUGAUAGGCUGUUACCUGGUGUGAAUGGGUUAAGACAUGAAUUAAGAUCUAUAUGGAUGUUUGAAAAUUAUUCUCUGGUAUGCACCAACUUGGUUAGAUAUUUUAAAAACAUAAAAUAUGGGGAUCUUUGAAAAAAAACAUAACCAUAUUGCAGGAAGUGGUUGAAUGCUUCAAAUGAGUGAAAUAAUUGAGUAUUGUUAAAACAGACAUGUCAUGUUAGUUUUAUUAAUUAUUGUGAAGAAGGGAAUUCAUGUGAAAGUAUGGACACAAGAACAACUUCAGCAUUUUGUUUGAGUUUAUCUACAGCUUCAUUGAUCUUGUAUUCUCUAUAAUUUACUGUUUCUUGUAAAUUCACUGAAUCUUUGUUUUUCCAAGAAAGACUACUGCCUUUAGUGUCUGUAUAGUCUUCUGCUCUUUAUUCUACCAGUAGGCUACUUGGUUGAGAGGCUAUGUUGUUUAAAAUCUUUGAGUUGAAGGUUUUUGAAGAGGAAAUAUGUAUUCCUGUGAAGAUGACAUGAGGGGCAUUUUUUUCCCUUUUUUUUUACCUAAUAAGUGUAUAUUUUAUAUAUAAAUAAAGAUAAUUCUUUGA